AUGACCAACCCAUCAUAUUCUAAUAAGCCAUACUGGAAACUUGUACUAGAAAACACUUCCAGUGGCAACGUACAAAAGAAGAUCAAAAUUGAAGGCAAAGAGCUGUCAUCUCUCCCGUUGGAAGUAUUUAACUAUGAAGAUGCGGAAAUUCUAAAGAUGAGUCCCGAAAGAGAGAGUUGUCUAACAUAUCAGACACAUUUUAUUCCUAAACAGAUAGGACAUUUAAUUCAUUUAACAGCCUUGUAUCUGGACACAAAUGAUCUCAGGGAGAUUCCACUGGACAUUGGGACCCUAAAGAACUUAAGGACACUAGCCCUCAGUAACAAUUUUCUGGACUUUCUACCUCCAGAACUUGCCCAGCUGAAUAAACUGCAGAGUUUACACCUCGCCAAUAACAAUUUUAAGGAUUUCCCUUUAGUGAUUUGCCAGUUUUCCAAUCUAACAUUUCUGGAUGUAAGUGAUAAUGAAAUAAAAGCAAUCCCGGACAGAAUUAACCAUCUUGUAAAUUUGAAGACAUUUUUAUUAAUAUAUAAUCGUGUGCAAGAUCUCCCCAAAGAACUUUGCCAUUUAAGAAGAUUACGUUGCCUGUGGCUUGGAAACAAUGAGUUACAAGAGCUUCCUCUUAAUUUUGGAAAUCUGACAAAGCUUGACUGGGAUGACAGCUAUUGCUCCUUUAAUUUUGAAGGGAAUCCCUUGAAACAUCCUCCAACAGACAUUUGCAGGAAAGGUCUCAAAGAAAUCCGAAACUAUUUAUCUACACAUCAAUAG